CUGAGGAACCUCCACACUUUUACUAGAGAAGGAAAGAAACCAACAUGGAGCAGGAGAAGGGUCUGACUGGCCUCAUCCUGGCGAUCUUUCUUCUUCAAGGUAUUGUGGCCCAGAAAAAACAAGAAAACCAUUUGGUAAAAGUGGAUGACAGUCGAGGAGAUGGGUCUGUACUUCUGAUGUGUGACUUGAAAGACAAGACCAUCACGUGGCUUAAAGACGGAAACAGAAUAAGUCCUCCGAAUGCAACUAAAAACACGUGGAAUCUAGGAAGCAGUACCAAAGACCCUCGAGGCAUGUAUUGGUGUCAAGGAGCAAAAGACAAGUCAAAGCCACUCCAAGUGUAUUACAGAAUGUGCGAGAACUGCAUUGAGCUCAGUUUGGGCACCGUAACCGGUUUUAUCUUCGCUGAAAUCAUCAGCAUCUUCUUCCUUGCUGUUGGUGUAUACUUCAUUGCUGGGCAGGAUGGAGUUCGGCACUCACGAGCUUCGGACAAGCAGACUCUGUUGCCAAAUGAACAGCUCUACCAGCCCCUCAGGGAUCGGGAUGAUAAUCAAUAUAGCCAUCUCCAAGGAAAACAACCAAGGAGGAAGUGAGCUCAACAGUACUCGAAGUAUUGCCCUUUCCAUCCAGUGCCCAGGAUCAAAGCAAUGUGUUUUAGAGGGAGCCCAGUAGAGAGAUCCUCAGCCCUACCGUUAAUCUGCAGAGGUGACAAGCAGAGAGGAAGAACUGUCAGAGAAAUUUUGGGGUUUUCUCAAAAUAAAAUAAAAGUCCAAGCUUGGGGAAGGUGGUGGUGUAGCUCAGUAGUAGAGUACUUGUCAAGCUUGCUCGAGGCGCUGUGGUAAAGUCACGGCACCCUCCCCCAGAUCCCCCCCCCAAAAAACAGUGAAGGGGAAAACAUACAGCAUGGGGCUUGCAGAGCGCCAUCUAUUGGGAAAAAAUGUAAACGACAAAAUUAAAAGAUCGGGUAUAACCUAUCUCUGGCCAAAUAGACAUUUUCUGGUUUAACAUUUAUCAGGGUCUUACGCUGUUUCUAAUUUAGUAGGCCAAUAUGGCAAUGGGGUGGAUCAUCAGGUUUGCCAGCCACACAAGCCUAGAGACCUGAGCUCAAUCUCCAAAAAGUAAAAAAAAAAAACCCUACUCCACCAUGCUGUUCUCAGACCUCCACACACAUGAGAAGCAUAUACACACCCUAUACAUACAUAUCACACACACUAUAAUAAAAAAAUAAUUAAUAAUAAUAUAAUAAUAAUAAUAAUAUCAGGGAAUUAUAUAUGCAGUAUGUAGUGAAAGGUUUUCUUCCACCUGGAUCCCCAACCAGAGUAACCUUCCCCACAGGCAAAUGAGUUUCAUACAUAUGUUCUUGGGCAUAUUUUAAGCAUGUAAGAACAGUUCUUAAGUUCACUUUAGUCUUCCCCUAUUCUUCAUACAAUGAUAGCGCAGAAUAAGGUAGAAAGACCGGUUACUGGCUAUUGAUUUAUUUAGUGAUUCACUGACAGCACUACAUGUACUACCUAUUUGCCAAGCAUGACUUCACUUGCUCUGGGAACAGAAUGACAUGAAGAAAUAGCUAAAGCAUGAGUCGUUGCCCUUAACAGCCUACUGGCUGCCACAUAAGCAUCUAUUAAAGGUUGUUUGCUUGCCCACCCCACCUUGUGGUUCUAAAGUGUAAAAUGAGAAUACAGACGGGACCCAGGAACAAAGCCUUUCAGGAGUUGUCCUGGCUUCACUCCGCUGGUGACAUCUCCUCUCUUCCACUCUACUCUCAUUGCGGUUAGGGUGCCUAUUCCUGAAAGAUAUCAGCAACGUUUCUGGAGCCCCCUGGCCCAUGAGAUCUCUUUCACCUUGACCCUAGUUGGUCCAGAAAGUUGCCACUCUUGGAUCUCCCAGUCCACCAAGGCCUCUGGGACUGGGAAGCCUGUAGGAUUCCAGGGUCCUGUUCUAAUGGUCAAGGGGACUGUGAGACCCAGAACUGGAGUGUCCAAAUGGAAGAAGGUGAGAUUAGGUGGGUCACUCAGAACCCAGGGAGAUACAGUGGGAUUAGGCAGGUCAUUCAGAACCUGGGGAGAUAGGUGGGGAAACUGACGUGGGGUUCAUCACCCCACAGAUUUUGCAUCCAUAGCCUUGAUGGGAUACUGAGAUGGCACUAGUCUCUAAGGAAACGUUAGAUUUGUCUCCGGGGAGAUGGACAGACUGAGAAUCUAAAAUGAGAAUGUGUAACUUCUGAAUGAGUGGCGAAUGCUUGGAGUGGCUCGACAGCAGUGUGGAUACUGGGUCUGACUGAGCCCUAACUUGCGGUUUAACCUGAAUGGGCACUCACCUCAAGUAGCAAGAGGUGACAGGUAUAUCCAUGCUGCCCCUAGGUAAGACCUUAAGUUGUCUCACAGCUAGGGCUAGGCACAUAGCCACUCCCCCAGCUCCUGGUUAGGGAUUCUUCUCAUCAUGGGGUUUGCACAAUCCCUCUGUGAGACCCCGCAGUCUUACAAAAACAUUGAAGCCUGGAGAACGAAGGAAGCAUCCCCAUUAGCUUCCCCAGAGAAUGAAAUUUUGCCCAUGUUACUGCCUACUUACCAGCUCCGGGGCAAGACCUCCUCAACCUGCCCCUGCGGUGGCAUACGCCUUGAUGCAAUGCUCACCAACCUCAUCCAGCAGCAACUCUGCUAGACUCUGGACAUCUGUGUUCCAGGGAUGGGCUCAUUCCAAUGUGUCAACUGAGGGAAACCCCAAGGGUGCUUACACCUGUCGCCGGAAGACAGUUGCAGACUGAUACUUUUGGCCCUGACUUAGAUGUGCUCCCAGGAAGUGAGGUCAACAAUAUUUAUACCCCUUAGAUUUGAGAAAUAAGAGAACUCCUGUACUAGUCCUGCUAGAAAUGGCCCUGGCAGGGUUCAUGACCACCGGUGACUCGACAAUAGCAAUAGUCAGCCAACAAGUUCAACAUAGCCAGCUCUCUACUCAGACCAAGAAACACUUAACUAUCAUUCAGGAAAAUACAGUCACUCUUCAGAAUAAAAUAGAUUCAUGGACAGCAACAAUUCUCCCAAAUCUUAGAAUGUUAGACUUGAUUGCCACUAAAAAAAAAAAAGUUAAGGUAUAUACGUUAAAUGAGAAAUUCUUUUUAAUACUAAUUUGUCAGGAAUAGUACAAAAAUACAGAAAAGUUAUUAAAAAGUAUGAAGUCUAAAAGUACAAACGAGAGUCAUUGUAGUACAAUACGAUCACCAGAUUGUCGCUUUUUUGUCUUGUUUAUUGUAUUUUUGGGCUUUGCUGUUUUAGGUUUAACAGUAUAAAAUGUUUUUGAAUUGUGUAAAAAAUUAAUAACAAAUAGGAAUAAAAGGUAUAGUUGGAAAA